AUGAUUUUAAACAAAAGAAAUAUAGUUAAUAAUAAACUCAUUCAAAAUCUUUUUAAUAGUGUUAAAUCAAAUAUAGUUAUACAAAAAAAUGACAACUUUAAUUAUAAAUUGUUUUAUUCAACAUCAAAUGAAGAGCCAACAAGUUUAAGAAAGGUUAAAAGGGAAAAAGUUUAUAGAAAAUUAAUGACAUUACCAGGUAGAAAUUUAAAGAAAACAUUAAAACUUUUAAAAGAUAACCCAUUGGAUGAAUUAAAAAAAAGUAAGGAAGAAUGGGAGGAAUAUAUAAGCUUGGAUCAAAAGAAAAAGGAAGAAAAAGAAAGAGAAGAGUUAGAGAAAUUAAAUAAAAAUAAAAACAUCAAAGGCGAAGUUAAAAUUAAAAAUCUUAAAAAUGUAGAACAAAUGACACCAGAGCAAACUUCAUUUGAUAAUGUUUAUAUGAUUGAUGAUAUAGCAAAAAUUCAAUUCGCAAUCAAUCAAAUUAAAAAGGAAAAACAAAUUGGGUUGGAUAUCGAAGCUGUAGAGAUGGGUAAACGAGGUGAAAUGUCAUUAAUACAAAUAUCAACACCCUCAAAUGCCUCUGUAUACUUAUUUGAUGUUUUAACAUUAGGUGACAUCAUUUUUAAAUUAGGUUUAAAAGAAGUUUUAGAAAGCAAAGUCAUUUUAAAAGUAGUUCAUGACUGUCGUAGAGAUAGCGAAAUCCUUUACCAUAAAUAUCAAGUUUUAUUAACUCAUGUUUACGAUAUUCAAAUUGCACAUGCUAUCAUUCUAAAAAAGAUUGAUGGUAAUUUACCAAUUAGAAGAUUUGGCUUCAACGAACUAACACAUAUAUACACAUCAAAAGAAUACUCCAAAUACUGUGUAGAUAUUAAAUUUAAAACCAAGCAACUCUUUGACGAAGAUAAUAAAAUUUGGGCAAAAAGACCAAUUCCAAAACUACUAUUAGAUUAUGCUUGUUUAGAUGCUGCCAUACUUUUACCAAUUUAUCGUACCAUUACCCCAAAACUUCAAAGUGGUUCCGAUCGUCGUUUCUUAAGAUAUCAUUUUAAUGAACAACUUAGGUAUUUCAGAGAUUCAGCAAGAGAAUUAUUCCCAAAAAAUCUAAUUUAA